AUGUUGUCUCCCCCAGUUCUUUCCGCCCUAUUACUGGCCGGCUCUGCUGCAGCCGGAAGCUCGAAGUACGGGCGCCGGGACUUGUUGGUCACCGACAGCGUUAGAGCUGCCUGUGACCAGCUAAGUGCCAUCGCCUCCAACGCGACCCUCUUCCCCAAUUCGACCGCCUACGAGACCCAGCGUAUCAACGUCUGGGAUAAGAGGGCCAACCUUUCCCCUGCGUGCAUCUACAUGCCGAGUACUGCGGAUGAUGUUGCCAAGGCGGUUCAGAUCUUCCACACCAACAAGGCCCCUUUUGCUGUCAAGGGUGGUGGUCACAUGAACUACCCCGGAUCCAACACGAUCGACGACGGUAUCCUUCUCGCCUUGAGUGGACUGAACGCUCGCAAAGUCAACGCCGACGAUAACAACAUCGAGGUUGGACCUGGCAACAAGUGGGUGGAUGUCUACCAGGAGUUGGCACCCUAUGGAAAGUACGCCAUCGGCGGUCGUCUCAAGACCAUUGGUGUCCCCGGCCUCACCCUGAUCGGUGGUGUCAGCUACUUUCUCAACAAGUAUGGCUUCUCUAUGGACAACGUCCUCAGCUACGACGUGGUUCUCGGAAAUGGCACUCAGGUCGUGGCCGACAACACCACAAACACUGAGCUCUUCUGGGCUCUCAAGGGUGGCGGCAGCAACUUUGGAAUCGUCACCAAGUUCACCUUGAAGACCUACGACAUCCCUCUGGUCACCAGCACCUUGCAGGUUUUCCCCCAGGAUGCCAUCCCCGAUUUCAUCAAGGCCGCCUGCGACAUGGUUCUUUCUGAGGAUGGAAGCGUCGGUGCCGGAGCUGUCAUUAACAUGAACUACAACAUGACUACCAAGGAGACCAACCCCCAGGUCUUUGGUCUUCAGGAGACUACCGAGUCGCCCCCUUCCCGUUUUGCCAACUUCACCGUCAUCCCUAACGCUAUCACUCGCGUCCACAAUGUCACCAAACCCAUCUACUGGCACGCCCAGAUGGAAUCUCCAAACCAGAUGUUCCGCAUUCAGUUCGCUCACCAAACCAUCAAGCCCGAUGCCGACCGACUCUGCGAGAUCUACCAGUCUUGGGUCGAAGCCAUCCAGGAUGUCGCUGAUGUUGAAGGCCUUCGCCCUACUUACAUCUUGAACCUACUUCCCGCAUCUGCCCUGAACCCCUCCAAGACCAACGGCAUUGGCAACACCUUCGGUCUCGAAAAUGAUCAGCCCUACAUCUGGUGGCAGUUCACCACUUCUUGGGCUCGCGCCGAAGACGAUCUCCGAAUGACGGCUUGGCACGAGUCUCUUCUCGCCCACCACCACGAGAUCAAUAAGGCCAAGGAUCUCGCUACCGAGUUCAUCUACAUGGGUGACGCUGGCGAGUUCCAGAAGCCGCUCCCUCAGUAUGGCGCUGCCAAUGUCGAGAGAAUGAGGUCCAUUCGUGACCAGUACGACCCUGACUUGACCUUCACCAAGCUCAGCUGGGGUGGCUUCAAGCUUGGUUACUGA